AUGUACGACUACAUUCAGGACUAUUUGAUGAACCAUAAAGAUGAAAAAAAUAUCUAUGUUAAUCAAAGUGUAUCGAUAAUUGGUUCUCCAUUAGCUGCUGGUCAAUCUCUUGGAGGUGUAAAUAUGGCAUGUGAUAAUUUAAGAAAACUAGGACUACAUAACGUUAUUAAAUCUGUAGGUUGGGAAUAUGAAGAUGUCGGAAAUAUCGGUGAACAUACCACAACCAAUUGCAUUCUAAAACGGAAAAAUGCUCCAAAGAUGAAUGGCAACAUUGAUAUCAAAAUGAAUCGCAAGCUAAAUGGGGAACUAAAUGGCAAGCUAAAUGGGGUACUAAAUGGCAAGCUAAAUGGGGAACUAAAUGGAAGGGACGACUCAACCUACUAUAACAACAUAAAAAAUGUAGAAACAAUUGGCAAAUUUAGUGAAAAACUAUUUCAAACAAUGACUCAUGAAUUAAAGAAAAAAAAUUUUGUUUUAAAUGUCGGAGGAGAUCAUGGAGUCGCAUUUGCAAGUAUAUUAAGUUCAUUACAAUUAUAUAAAAAUUUAAAAGUUAUAUGGAUCGAUGCCCAUGGUGAUAUAAAUAUACCCGAGACAUCCCCAUCAGGAAAUUAUCAUGGAAUGACAUUGGCACAUGCUUUAGGAUUAUUUAAAAAAAAAACUCCAUACUUUGAAUGGUCUGAAAAAUUAUUACAUUUAAAACCAGAACAUGUAGCAAUUAUCGGAAUAAGAGACAUAGAUAAAUAUGAAAAAAUUAUAUUAAGAAAAUGUAAUAUAAAUUAUUAUACUAUGUUUGAUAUAGAUAAGAAAGGAAUCUAUAAUGUUAUUUGUGAAGCUUUAAAUAGGAUUGACCCCAAUCAUAAUUCACCUAUACAUAUAUCAUUAGAUAUAGAUAGUGUUGAUUCUAUGUUUGCACCCGGAACUGGAACUAUAGCAAAAGGGGGAUUAAAUUAUAGAGAAAUAAACUUAUUAAUGAAAGUAUUAGCAGAUACAAAACGAGUUAUAUCUAUGGACAUUGUAGAAUAUAAUCCAUUAUUAGAUGAAGACGAUAAAGUUGUUCAUGGUGAUUCUUUACCAAUAGAUCCUAAUGCUACAAAAACAGGAAAGUUAUGUCUAGAACUUAUUGCCAGAAUCUUAGGCAAUGAUAUCGUUUAA